GGCUUCGUGUCCGGGCGGUGCCAGACGCGAAGGCCGUCGGUGGCUUUGCUAGCUGAGGGAGCGGCAGUCCGGUGCUUCACCAUGACGGCGGCCAUGAGACAGCGCUUUGACCGCUUCCUGCACGAGAAGAACUGCAUGACCGCCGUUCUCGAGCGGAUCGAGAGCAAGACCGGCGUCGACCGCACCUACAUCGCCAUCGCUGUCCUGGGGGCGGUGGCCGUGUACCUGGUGAUCGGCUACGGCGCCUCGCUGCUGUGCAACAUCAUCGGCUUCGGCUAUCCCGCCUACGUGUCAAUCAAGGCCAUUGAAAGUCCCAAUAAAGAUGAUGACACACAGUGGCUGACUUACUGGGUUGUGUAUGGUGUUUUCAGCAUAGCAGAAUUCUUCUCUGAUAUCUUUCUGUCCUGGUUCCCUUUCUACUAUAUGCUGAAGUGUGGCUUUCUGCUCUGGUGCAUGGCUCCCAGCCCCUCUAAUGGAGCAGAGUUCCUCUAUCACCGAAUCAUCCGGCCCUUUUUCCUGAAGCACGAGGCUCAGCUGGACAAUGUUGUCAAAGACCUGAAAGACAAGGCUGCAGAGACUGCAGAUACCAUUGCUAAAGAAGGUUACAAAUUACUUGUCUGAGACCAACAAGGAACUUGCCCUGUGCUGACUCAAACAACUCAAGCAGAACACAUUGCAAGAAGGGAAGCUAGAAGGACGGAUCGAGCCUUGCAGAGGCAGAGUGGCAACAUGCUUUUCUCUACUUCUUACGGACAGCACGUUUCCUCCUGUGGUUGAAAACCAUCAGCUUGAGUAACUCCACACACUGAAAAAUACUGGUUUGAGCAAAUCAUUGAAGAGGGUGUGUAAUAACUGGAGACCCUUGCUGAAGACUCCUGAAACUUUUAGAACAUCUAACUGCAGAGACAUGGGGGAGCUGACAUCCCAGCGGCAAUCUUGGACCAUCUGUACUGUAUAAAAGUGGGCAUGCACAUUUAUCUUUGUUGACUCAAUACUCACAGAUCAAGACAACACCAGAUCUAAGGAAUGGUGGAAUACUUAAUAUCUCUUUUCUUCUCUUUCCUCUAGAUCAUCUUCUACUCAUUUUUCUGCAGCAGCCAUUGCCUAAGUUUGCCUUAGAGUAGUUGAUAAAGUAAAAACAUUCAGGCCAAGUACCCUAUCCAUAAUGCCUGUAAUUGCUGUUAGAGUAUUACCUAAUUUUGCUUCAAAGUAGUUGGUUAAUUGUUGUUAGAAAGCUCAAUAAACUGUAUUGCAUUGUU